AUGCUGAUAGAUGCCACAGAGCACGAAGUGGAGACGCCUAGUGGGCCGAUGACGAUACAUGUCAUCAUGCCAAAACUGCCGGAACAUCCGAAUGCCCGUUAUCCUGGCGUUCUCGUAGCUUCCGAAAUAUACCAGGCAUGCUCGAGUAUUCGUACAGCUACGACGGCGCCGGUGCUUAGGUUUGCUCAAUCUAUUGCAGCACAAGGCUACGUCGUCGCAGCGCCAUGCUACUUCCACGAAUUUGAAGGCAGUGCCGCCAUUCCCUAUGAUGCCAAAGGCACAGACCGUGGCAAUGACUACAAAUAUCGCAAAGCGCUAAAGGCCUAUGACGAUGACAACACCGCGACGCUCGACUUGCUCGCCAAGCAUCCCAAUUGCAAUGGGCGUCUGGCCGCGACAGGAAUGUGCAUGGGCGGUCACGUCGCUUUCAGGGCCGCAUUCGACUCGCGCGUACUCGCCAGCGUUUGCUACUUCGCAACGGAUAUUCAUGACGAAGCGCUCUCCUCGACGGGCAGCGAUAGCUUAGUGCGCUCAAAGGAGAUCAAGGGCGAGCUUGCUAUGUUUUUUGGCGCCAAAGACACCCAUGUGCCUUUCGGAGGACGCACCAAGAUUCGCGAUACUCUUCAGCACCACGGAAUCACUGUGACAUUCUGCGAAUUUCAAGCGGCGCACGCUUACAUUCGAGAUGAGAUGUCAAAGGGUCGCUUUGACGGUGCUCUGGCAAAGGUCUGCUUCGAGAUGAUGAUGGAGCUUUUCAAUCGUACCGUAGCAAGGGACCUCGGUUCACCAUCGGGUGCGAAAGAGAAGAUAGAACAUGUGUUUGAGAUGCACAUAUGGCUGCUGUCGAUGCUAAGUCUGUCAGUCUAUGCUAACACAGCGAUCUUCAACUUUCUUGGGCCAGAGGAGCGCACGAAAGAUCUGCAUUCGGCAGUCAGACCAGUCUUGUUAGCUGCCACGACGACUUGGCAGCAACAGGAGCUAGGAGUGGCGCGAGAGUAUGAGCUGCGAAUUCCUUCGGCACCGACGUCGUCUUGGGCUGCCACGCAGUACCGAUUAUUCAGAGGCAACCGCUACACCUUGCGAGUGUCCUAUGCACCAGAAACGCCAGCAAAAUUCGUAUUCAACCUCACGCGAUGGAGCCCAGACAUGACAGUCGUCGAGAUUACACCGUACUCCGAAGCAGUCGCAGUACCCGGCAAAGAGCACCUUCUGAGCACACAUAUCGAGUACAUGCUCACUUUUGAGCUUCUCUUGUUCGGCCUGCUUCCGAUGACGAGCGUGAGACUAGUCAUCAGUAUCUUCGUUACGCUCCUUCUACUGAUCGUCUCGAGGGCGCCUGCGCGACUGCUGCGACUUCUCAAGAUACUUAGCGGCUCAGACGCAAACAUUGAUAGACUGCUUGUAGCCAGCAAGAGAUCGCAGUAG